AUGUCUUCCUCUUCCUCCUCCGCUUCAGGCUUCUCCCUCCAAUCGUCGCCGAAGAACAAGGAAGAAGACGAUCCCCGCUCCGGGGCGAAUCCCAUCUCCUCUGACAAGGAGAAGAAAGAAAAAGGAGCGGAAAGGACUGAGGAAGAAGAGGAUAAGGAGGAGAAAGAUGAUUCCUCCUCCUCCGCGGGAUAUCCUCCAACGAAGCGCUUCCGCAGCUGGGCGGAUAGCGAGGAUGAUGACGAUGACGAGGAGGAGGAGGAAGCUCCAGCCGACGGCUGGGGCAGCAACGGCGAGGAGCUUCCUGGGAACAGCGCCGACGACCUCGAUGACGGCGAUGAUGAAGACGGCGACGACUAG